AUGUCGCGUAUUCAAGAUGAUGAAGUAGGUGAUGGAACAACAUCUGUUACUGUCCUAGCUGCUGAAUUAUUACGUGAGGCAGAAAAAUUAAUAGACCAAAAAAUUCAUCUCCAGAUUAUUAGAGCUGGUUGGAGAAGGGCUGCUCAGAUUGGGCGCAACGUUCUCAAUCGUACAUUAGCAGAUAACUGCGAUAAUGAAAGCAAAUGUCACGAAGAUUUAUUGAACAUAGCUCGAACUACUCUCGGCUCUAAAAUCUUAUCUCAACACAAGGAAUAUUUAGCAAAAUUGGCUGAAAGUGUAGUCUUACGUCUGCAAAGAUCUGGCAACCUUUCUGCCAUUCAGAUAAUUAAAAUGACUGGAAGAACAUUGGAAGAUUCUUUCUUGGAUGAAGCUUCCUCUCGGAUAAGAAGCCUGGGCUCCACCACCCUAAAAGAGUAG